GCUUGCGCGGACGCGGGGGAGGUGCGUGUGCGCGCGCGCGUGAGGGUGUGGAGAUGCGCUUUUGUUGUUGAAAGAAAAAAAAAGAAAAAAAAGGGGUUUUUCUGUUUUUGUUCUUUGGCUUUUUCUUCUUCCAGUGAGAAACAGUCAGUGUCUUCAAGAGCAGCUUGACAGCAACACCAACAUUUUCACGCCCAUUGCUGAUUCAGCACUUUUUCCCCACUCAUCGAUGACCUUGAUUGAUUUGCACUUUUCUGGAUUUGUGGACUUGAAUUUGCAGCAAGAACUUGUGGACUUUUUCUUUGCAGCAUGAGAAUCAUGACUUGUAGAUCUAGUUCUUGGCUUCUGCACUUGUUGGCCUUCUGCUACUACGCUCAGGUAACCAAUCAGUCCCCGCCUAAUUUCACGCAGCACGUAAGCGAGCAGAGCAAAGUGACCGACCAGCUGAGCCGCAAGUUGAUCCGAAUCUACCAACUCUACUCCAGAACCAGCGGCAAACACGUGCAAGUUCUGCCCAACAACAAGAUCAACGCCAUGGCCGACGAUGGAGACCUGCACGCCAAACUCAUCGUGGAAACCGACACGUUUGGAAGCCGGGUGCGAAUCAAAGGAGCUGAAACUGGUCUUUACAUCUGCAUGAACAAGAGAGGAAAGCUUGUUGGCAAGAAGAACGGACACGGCCGUGACUGCAUCUUUACGGAGAUCGUGUUGGAGAACAACUACACGGCGCUGAGGAACGCUCGCUACGAGGGUUGGUACAUGGCCUUCACGCGUCGAGGACGACCACGAAAAGGUUCCAGGACACGCCAGCACCAGCGUGAGGUCCAUUUUAUGAAGAGGCUGCCGAGGGGUCAGCAGCCGGCACAUCCGAGUCACCAGCGAGCGUUUGACUUCAUCCACUACCCUUUCAACCAAAGGACCAAACGUACGCAGUACUCCUAAUACUCGCUGAGGAUGGACAAGAGGACAAAGGGACUCCUCAAUGCUGUCGUGAGCAAGUACUAGUACUGUAUAUCUAAAUGUGUAGUUGCUGUUUUACUCCUUUCUCAGUGAAAAAGUGUAAAUAGACAAAAAUGAACACAUCUAUUUUUCUACUGCAGAACUUUUGUAAGAAGGCAAAGUUUUAUUUUAGAUGCACAUACAUUUUUUUUCUGCCUCGACCUACGGGGUCUUUUUUGGACUCUGAAGGCCCCUGAAGGACCAUAAAGGACCCUAGGGACUAUAAAGGACCCUGGAGGACUGUAAAGGACCUUGAAGAACUGCACUGUCAGGAUUCCUUUUUUAUUUUCGUUAUUCAACAUGUCUGUGUGAUGACUCAGAAGAUUUAAGCAACUUUCUA